AUGUUUUCCAGCAGCAAAUUUGGUUUAUUGUCCAGCGACAGUGCAUCUGACAACAAUGAGUCAAUAUGCUUAGAAAAUUUGGAUGUGAACAGCGAUGAUAACUCAAUGUGGUCAGACAAUUUUGAGGUGAAGAAAAAGAAAAAGAAGAACAAGAACAAGAAGGAGAAAAGGGAUAACAAGGAUAGUGAAUGUUCAAAGGCGAAGAAGAAGAAGAAAAGAGAUAAGGAGGUUGAUAAAAACCAGAGUUUAAAGAGAAAGUGGAAUGACACCGACUCUGAUAGUGAUGAUUCUAUUGAGAAGAAAAAUAAGAAGAAGAAAAGGGAUAACAAGGAUAGUGAAUGUUCAAAGGCGGAGAAAAAGAAGAAAAGAGAUAAGGAGGUUGAUAAAAACCAGAGUUUAAAGAACAAAUGGAGUGACACCGACUCUGAUAGUGAUGAUUCUAUUGAGGAGAAGAAAAAUAAGAAGAAAAGGGAUAACAAGGAUAGUGAAUGUUCAAAGGCGGAGAAAAAGAAGAAAAGAAAUAAGGAGGUUGAUAAAAACCAGAGUUUAAAGAGAAAAUGGAAUGACACCGACUCUGAUAGUGAUGAUUCUAUUGAGAAGAAGAAAAAUAAGAAGAAAAGGGAUAACAAGGAUAGUGAAUGUUCAAAGGCGGAGAAAAAGAAGAAAAGAGAUAAGGAGGUUGAUAAAAACCAGAGUUUAAAGAACAAAUGGAGUGACACCGACUCUGAUAGUGAUGAUUCUAUUGAGGAGAAGAAAAAUAAGAAGAAAAGGGAUAACAAGGAUAGUGAAUGUUCAAAGGCGGAGAAAAAGAAGAAAAGAAAUAAGGAGGUUGAUAAAAACCAGAGUUUAAAGAGAAAAUGGAAUGACACCGACUCUGAUAGUGAUGAUUCUAUUGAGAAGAAGAAAAAUAAGAAGAAAAGGGAUAACAAGGAUAGUGAAUGUUCAAAGGCGGAGAAAAAGAAGAAAAGAGAUAAGGAGUCUCGCCCCGCCCAGCUGAAGAGACCAAGCAAGCCCCUGCCAGCUGAGAGACCAAGACAGCUGAAGAGACCAAGCAAGUCUCGCCCCGUCCAGCUGAAGAGACCAAGCAAAGACCAAGCAAGUCCAGCUCACCCCGCCCAGCUGAAGAGAACAAGCAAGUCUCCCCGUCAGCUGAAGAGACCAACAAGUCUCCAGCUGAAGAGACCAAGCAAGUCUCGCCCCCAGCUGAAGAGACCAAGCAAGUCUCACCCCGUCCAGCUGAAGAGAACAAGCAAAGUCUCACCCCGCCCAGCUGAAGAGACCAAGCAAGUCUCACCCCGCCCAGCUGAAGAGACCAAGCAAGUCUCACCCCGCCCAGCUGAAGAGACCAAGCAAGUCUCACCCCACUGA